CAUGGAGUCUGUCUGAGUUCAGAAUGUAUUGUAUUGUAUUUGCCAUUUUUACUGUUUGUCUUACGUGAGCGCACGUGGCGUGACGUCACUUCAGGAGGCGUGGUUAAGUGCCCUGUACGGAGGGGUCAAUUCCGGUAAGAUGUGAGGCGGCGCCGUGCGUGCGCGCGCACCCGUGAGGUGAGGCGGCUCAGUGGGCGGCCGAGACUUCCGCUGGGGAGGAAAGAGUGACGCUUCCGAUGGGUGGAGGCAGGCAGGCAGGCAGUCGGGCAUGAAGAGUAACAGAAAGUAAAGAUAGUUGCCAGAGCAUUUCAACGGAAUCGAGGCAGUGCCGCAGCUGCAGGAUGGGCCCGAAAGUGCAAUAUUUCGUCAGUGUGCUCUUGUCAUCUGCACAGCUGCUGCUCACCUCUCCGCUGACACAGAGGAACCACUUACGCAUCCAGGGUGGCAAAGAGUGCAAGAUGUGUCCUCCAGGCCAGUUCCAGAAGUCUUGCGAUCAGUGCGCGCCGUGCCCACCCGGGAGCUACACCGCCGACUGGAACCACGAAGACAGCUGCCAUCGUUGCUACGGCGACUGCAGGCCCGAAUUCAACCACAAAGUGAUCGAGAACUGCAGCAGCACAUCCAACCUCAAGUGCGCAUGCCGAGAUGGCUUCCGCUGCACUUCUGUGGUCGCGUACACUGACAACUGCAAAAACUGUGUCACAACCACAACCGUCACAGCAUUCGCAGCAGCAACAACAUCAACAACAACGACAGCAACAACAGAAGAUGAGCAGACUCGUUCUUCUCCUUCCUCAGGAUCCCGCAGCAACUCUGCGAAGUUGUGCUCUUUUCCCGAAUGUGACGCCCAGCCUGGAAACAAUUUGAAUGCCGUCAAAGAGCCGAACCCAGGCCCUCACCCGCUGGCCGUCGUGUUCCCGAUGGUCGUCGUGGUAACCCUGGCCCUCAGCAUCUGGCUCUGCAUCUGUCGGCGAGAAGAGGAAACUUGCCUAAAGCGCGCUGCGGUGAAGUUUUGCAAUAAGGUGAGUCGUGUGCGCAACAAGUCGACCGCGAGUGUGCGCCGGUAUGCUUUCCCGCUGCUUUUGUGCUCGAGCCAAAUCCUCAGGAAAUAUGAGUGUUGCUUUGGCGCCAUCUUCUGGCAAUCUUAUUGCCAGGGAACUAUGUUGAACUGGAUAGAAGAGCUUCAAGUAACGCUUUGCUUUUGGCAUCUAUACGAGGUUAUUAAACUUUUUUCCUCUCCAGGGGGUUCCCAAUGUUGCGGCCAAGGGGAAAGAGCCCAAUCAGCACGUCCCGGUUGGCCCUUGCGGUACCAAACCUUUUUGUUCCAUCCCAGCACUCACGUGCACGCUCGUCAUGACGGAAUGUUUGAAUGCGAGCGUGCGUGUGCGCAGGCGCUGUUCAUGUCCACAAUGCGGGGACGGUCAUCUUCAGCUGGCUCAGCCAGUUUACCGGCCAAGUGGGUCCCGUCACGGAAAUCAAAGUGGCGACGAAAGACGAGGACGAGGCGGAAGACGCUGACCUGGCCGCUCCUCCUCCGCGGGGCUCCAAAGUUCCCCUGUCUGAAGAGGAGAUGAGCCAUGGGGGGGUCUUGUUGCCCUCUCAGGAAGAAGGCAAAGACUGGCACGCGUCCAAAGAGGAAGCAGAAGCCUGACGGUGGGGGCUGGAGACCACCUCAGCACUGCGGGAGAUUUCAUUUGUUUCACAACCUCAGAGAAGAAAGACUGUCUGGUACCACAGGUUGGGGGGGGGGGGGGGGGGUCCCAAUAAGUUUCCUGGUGCACCGUUGUUCUUUAUAAUAUACAGUAAAAUAUGUAGUGUGCCAUUCUGGUUUUAUGUCCAGUGAGUACAUGUUCCUCAUUUUCUUGUUCCUGCAUGAAGCUACAUGUUUUUUGUUCUGUUUUGUUUUGUUUUUUUUUGUUUGUUUGCAUUUUUUUUUCCCUAGGUGUGACUUCUUAUUCUAAGCUCUCGUGUUUUUACUACAGUAAAAUUCACCACAAAUCUUGCCGUGUUUUUUUUUUUUUUAAUUAAAUGCAAUACCUCUCUUUAAAUGAUAGAAUUUAAGAAUUUGUCUCUAAAUCUUCCUUCAUUUGCAUAGGAACAGUCUUAAAAAUACUCCAUGUAAAUGCAUAUGAAGGAGAUAUCUGUAAGGUGUAUUGGUGCAUUUCAUUGUGCAUUUGAAUUUGUAAAAAAAAUAUUUAUUUCCGUAAAUGUUGUUAAAAAAUUGAAUUUCACAAACAGUAUUCUACAGUUUCAUUAAACUCAUCCUUCCAUCCA